AUGCUGCGGCAGCUGAAGAACCACUUCAACGCCACGCGGUUCGAGUUCCAGCUGCACGUUCACUCGCUGCAGCCGUGGCCAGCAACCAGCAAGGGCAUAGCAGUAGGAUGGCAGCGCGGGAAGCGGCGACGCGGCGCGACGGCGACCGUGACGCCCGCACCCGGUCCAGAGCUUGGUGGCGCCACGGUGGUGCGGUUCAACGAGAGGAUCGGCUUCAAAUCGACGCUGUACAAGGUCCCCGGCGCCGCCGAGCGCGCCGGCCAGCUGGGGCCGUUCAAGCGCAAGUGCGUGAUCCUCGCAAUCCUGGAGACCGACGGCCGCACCCACGCGACCGCCGCGCUGGGGCGCGUGGUGAUCGACCUGUCGGAAUUUGCGGCGAUCGACGGUCAGGAGCUGCGCACGUUUCCGGUUGCGUGCAACAAGGCAAUCCAGCUGGCAGUCGGGGCGCCGCAGCUCACAGUCACGCUGCGCUGCCGCUGGAAGAAGGCGGGCGCGGACUUUACAGAGGACGAGGCCGCCUCCAUGUCGACUGACCAGUCGGGCUCAAGCCUGGGCGGAAGCAUCAAGGAGUUCUUCUCGCGCCCCGCCCGCGGCGCCGCCACGCGCGCCGCGGCGGCGGCGGCCGUCGCCGCGGGGCGCGAGCAGGACCUCGGGGGUUUCGGCGGCGGUGGCGGCCCCGGCGGCAUGGAGGCCAUCGGGGAGGAGGACGGCACGCCGCGGCGCAACAGCAGCGCCAGCCACGGCGCUGCUGGGUACUUCGGCGCGGCCGCGGCGCGCGGCGGCGGCGGCGACAGCAGGGCGGGCAGCCAAGAGCUGGACGAGUCGGAUUGGGAGGGGGCGGUGGAGUGCCCCACGGUGGUGUUCGGCGCCUUGCAUCUGCACGACGACGACAGCGGCGAAGGCAGCAGCAGCGGGGCGGCGGCGCGAUAUGCAGCGGCCCCAGAGGCGCCGGUCGCGGCGCCCGCGCCGCCGUCGGCGCCGGGCCAGGUGCAGGUGGCAGCCGCGGGGCGGCCUGCGGAGGAGGCUGCGGCGCCUCUUGGCGGCAGCUGCCAGCGACUCCCCUCCUGGCGCGUCAUCCCCGUCCUCGGGCGCGCCCCUGACGCCCGCGCAGCACGGCGAGCCGGCGGUCGGCGCCGCGGCGCGGCCUGA